ACUGUCAGAACCUAGCAGCACUCCCAGAGCACUGGGUACCCAGCCCUGAGCAGAUCUAUUCUUUGAGCUGAAAAUGAUGUGCAGUAGCAAGAAUUUGCUCCUGGCUGCUUUGAUGUCAGUGUUGCUCAUUCACCUCUGCAGCAAGUCAGAAGCAGCAAGCAACUUUGAUUGCUGUCUUCGAUAUACAGAACAUGUCCUUCAUCCCAGAUUUAUUGCGGGCUUCACACAGCAGCUGGCCAAUGAAGCUUGUGACAUCAAUGCUGUCAUCUUUUACACAAAGAAAAGAUUGGCUGUGUGUGCAGAUCCAAAGAAGAAGUGGGUGAAAAAGGCUGUGCAUAUCCUCAGCCACAGAGUCAAGAAGAUGUAAAACGGAUGCUCUCUGGAAUGGAAUUGGACAGAGCCCAUGAACAAAAAGAAUCUAGCUGGAGUUGGUGGUUGAGAGUGUAGUGCAUGCCCGAUUUGUGCUUCACUGGACUUGUCCAAUUAAUGAAGUUGAUACAUAUUGCAUCAUAGUUUGCUUUGUUAAGCAUCACAUUAGAGUCAAACUCUAUUUUAUGUUAUUUAUAUAUAUAUAUGUGUGUGUGUGUUUUGUGUGUCUGUGUUUGCUAUUUAAUACUAAUUUCCUACAAGCUAUUUGAUUUAGUACGAGGUACCAUGUUAUGUUUGGAGGAAUGAGGUUAUAUGGACUUUCUUGUAAGCAGCAAGCUAUUUGUAAAAAACUAUUUAACAUUCGUCUACAUAGUUUUGUUUCCUAAACCAUUGUAAUUAUCCUGUAAAAGAGAAAAAUGAUGAUAAAAAUAAGUAUUGAAAAUAAAAGA